UAGUCACGCGGAUUGUGAUAACAACAACAAUGAUUAAAACUCUGUUGACCAUGACUCUAGUUUUGACCAUCAAGUGUGAGGAUAUCAAGCAUGUACAUUUGUUAUUCAUGAACCACCUUGAUGUGGGAUAUGAUGGGUUGCUACCUGAGGAGCUCGGCUUUGUGAACAAUGUGAUAAACAAGUAUUUUGUUGAGUACUUCCCUCGCUCAAUCAAUACUUCCGCUACCCUGAGAGAGUUGGGUUACUAUGAGAAGCAGAUUUAUACGACCCACCCCUGGCUGGUCAGGCUGUACCUACACUGUCCCCCCAACCUGGUCCUAUCAGGGAUAAAACUACAGUGUCCUAAUGAGACAGAAAAGGCAAAGUUCAUAGCUGCAGCAAGACGCGGGGACAUCACCUGGCACGCAGGGCCUAUGAACAUGUACAUGGAGACCAUGGACCCUAUGAUGGUGGGUUUUGGUGUGCAGCUCAGUAUAGACUUAGACAAGGAGCUGGGAAUCAAAAGGAAAUACAGGACGCUCAGUCAACGAGAUGUUCCGGCAAUGACCCAGGCUGUCUUGCCAAUCUUGACAGACCUGGGAAUAGAGGCUGUUAGUGUGGGUGUCAACACUGUAACAGCCCCUCCUGCUGUCCCUCCCAUCUUUAACUGGAAAUUUAAAAACAGCUCUGUCAUUGGAAUCUGGCACCCAGGUGGUUACCCUGAGAACCCUGGCCCCAACCCAGCAAAGCCUUAUGGCCUGUCUCGGAGGGAUUGUGCCACGUUUCCAGGCUUUGAUCAUGCUCUCUGCUUUGCAUUCAGAACAGACAACUCUGGACCACCAAUGGAUUAUAAGGAGGUCCUUGGCUAUUAUGAGAUAGCGAGAUCCCAGUUUCCUGGAGCAGAUGUUCAGUCCUCCUCCCUAGAGGCUUUUGUUGAGGCCUUGAUGCCAUACAAGUCCAAGCUUCCUGUGAUUACAAAGGAGUUUGGAGAUACCUGGAUACAGGGAUCCGCAUCCGAUCCACGUAAAGUGGCAGAGAUGAGGGCAGUGUUCCGAGCCAGGACCAAAUGUCUACAGAGUGAAUCCGGCUGCUCUCUGUCGGAUCCUAGAUUUUACAAUGCCAGCGUUUUUUUCCUGAAACAUGGUGAACACACCUGGGGACUUAGCAGUGUGUUUGACAGUCAUCACUGGAGCAAUGAUGCAUUUUAUCCAAUCAUGAGUAAUCUAAGCUAUGGUUUUGUGAAUGGCACACUGUCUUGGCAAGAACAGCGUAACUUUACAAACCUGGGACUGGAGGCUCUUGGAAAUCAUACCCUGGCCACAGAGAUUGUCCACCAGCUAGGACUGAUCCAGGCCAAAAAGCCCAAUAUGUCAGGAUUUGACAAUGUUGGUUCACCUUCAGAGAUACAGAAAUGUUCCAAUGGUUUUGAAUUUCAAUUUGAUAGCAAGGGUUCUUUAAUACAUUUGAAAGACCCUGCAAGUCAGAAUGUAUGGGCAGACAACACCCACCCUCUAGGGGCAUUUGUAUACCAAACACUUAACCAGACAGAUUUUGACUUCUUUAACCGGAAUUAUCCAUACUCCCCACGCUUUCAGCUGGGCAUAGGAAAGCCCAACAUAUCGGAGGCUAAUGCCACAAGUGGAUACUGGGAUGUCUCCAUGCAGGAUUUGUUUAAGAGUAAAGAGGGAUGUAGUUUUAUUUUCCAUCUUCAAAUGUCCGAUCCGACCAGUAUGUCAAAUUAUGGCGCUCCAGCAGUGAUCUACGUCAAAUACACAGGGAAUGUUGUCUCCAAACAAAUGUCUAGCAUUGAUGUUGAACUCCAGUGGUUUCAGAAACCACCAACUCGAAUGCCAGAGUCAAUUUACUUCAUGUUUCGUCCAAUCAGCAAUCCCAAACUGAGUUGGAAACUCCACAAAGUUGGACAGUUUAUUGAUCCUCUUAAUGUCAUUCUAAACGGGAGCCAGAUUCUGCAUGCGGUAGACAAAGGUGUGUAUUACACAGACAGUAGAAACCAAGGUCUAUCCAUCGACUCGCCUGAUGUGGCCGUCGUCAAUGUGCUGACCCCAGGAAGCCAUCCCAGUGUUAUUCCUGUCCCUCUUAAGCCGAUCAAGGCUGUGGAUGGAAUGGCAUUCAACCUGUUCAACAAUGUCUGGGAUGUCAACUUCAUUUUCUGGUAUCCCUUCGAAAAGAGAGACGUCAACCAAAAGUUUCGCUUUAAACUUAACAUAACUCCUGCUUGAGUGCUGCGUACUGCUCUUGUGAUAUAUUUAAUUCUGUGAUAUUUGCUGUAAUUCCAUUUUAUAUGUGUGUGGAUGGGAGGAUGGAUGUAACAAUAACAUUUUGAUGUAAGGGACAAAUUAUGUAUGAUUCGAUCACCAGAAUGCAAGUAAAAUUGAUAAAUUAAAUUAUGACAUCUGUCACUGUUGCUUGAUAAAAAUAUGCAAUAUGAAAAAUAAUUUUAGAAACCUGGCAGAGUAAUUGAAUGUUUUGUAGGCUUGUGAAAGAAUAAUGUCAUGCUGAUUGUGUGUAGUAUGUACUAAAUGGCUGCAUAGAGUCUGUUUGUUUAAAAUUGUUAUUCCAUUUUUAUAUGAAUUUGUACACUACAAUGAUGCAUGUUGAGUUUUGUUUACCCGGUAUAUUGUACAAAAUUCCUAUUCUUCAUUGUUAAUUAUUAAAUAAUUAUAACUCUC